UCUAGAAAUGCCUCGUUUGGCUCGAAAACGGAAAGCAUCUGAGCGCUUAGAGUGGGGAAGAAGUGAACCAUAUUAUCCAGCAACGCCAAAAGACCAGUUCAGAAUGACUGUUAACGAACUUGUUGACACGAUGAUAAUGGAGUUGAGAGAAAGAUUUAACGAAAACGAUUAUGACGUUCUCACUGCUGUAGAGACUCUUUUAGCAGAUGCCUUGACAGAGACCAAACCAAACUUGAGUCUUCUUCAGACAGCUUGUCAGUUUUAUAGAAGUGAUUUUGACUAUUCCCGUCUACACCACCAGCUUACUGUCUUCUAUGGUGAAAUAAAGGCGAUAGCAUCUUCUCAUGGAAAAAGACAAAUAGAGUCCGAUUUACCGGCAAUACAGCAUAUUAGGCAGCUGUUUGCUGGAAAGGGUCUUAGAGACAGCUAUCCAGAAGUUUUAAGGCUUUUGCAAAUAUAUCUGGUAGUUCCAGUCUCAUCAGCAGAAUCUGAGCGUUCCUUUUCUACUCUCCGUCGUCUAAAGACUUGGCUUAGGAGUUCUAUGGAAGAAGAAAGACUUGCAGCUCUGGCCUUACUAACAGUUGAGAGAGAAGAGGUAUUGAAGUUAGAGGAAGCUAUUGAUGAACUCAUAGAAGAGUUCUGUGCAAGAGGAAACCGCAGGAUGAUUUUUCAGUAAAUAGGUGCUUGUUUAGUCUGCUCCAUACUGUAUAUAUGUAUACGAGUAAACGUAAUACUUUGUGGUCUGCAUUGUUGCUACUAAUACAAUUUUUGUCAAAGGGGCGUGUCAGUGUUCGGGUAUUUCAGCCCCCCCACUUCCAAU